UUUGCGAAAUCAACAGUUGCUUUAUUUUACGUCACGCAAUGAUGUUGCCACUGCUGCAUCGUUGCACCAAGAUGGUGCUGCUGAAGAAGCAGAUGAGGCGCAAGGGCAGGCAUCUGAGGAGCUACAGGCGCCUGGCCCAUCGCCGGCUGCGCAGGAUGCGGAGGAUACGGGAGGAGCUGCUGCAGCAGGUGCGCAAGGCGAUAGCGGCCCGGCAGAGGGACAUGGCGCAGGUGCAGAGGGAUCAGGCACGGCAUGAGGUGGCCAGAAUGCUGGCCAUGUACAAGAAAUGGCUGAACAGUUGGUCCAAGUCGCUGUUGUCGCAGCGCCGGCUGAUUGGGCAGCAGCAACAGCUGGAAGGCCAGUUGGAUUGUCGGCUGCGGCUGCUGCGCAAACAGCUGGGCAGGCAUCGCACACCGCAGCGACUGCUGGGCAGGUGUUUCCUGAAGCUGAGGAAGAGCCUCAAGCGGGCUUCGCAUCUCCAUCCGAGCAUAGGGGGCCAGGCGCACCUCUGGGAAGAGGAGGCCGAGGAGGUUAGGCGCUAUCUGUCACAGCUGCACGGCAAUCGAAAGAAGCCAGGUGGUCGCCUCCUUGAGGGGUUUUCCGAUUUUUGGGAUACUGAAGUGCUGCGCAAGAAACGUUCUCCAAUACACCCAUUGACAACCGAGUUCCGUAAGCCUUCCGUGCCAGAGAUGCCUGACAAGCCAACGAAGAUCAAGAAGAAAAAACACUCUGAGCCCGAGACCGAAUUCGUUGAUAUUCAUUUCAAUGAGCUGCGCGGAGCAUGCAAGCCAAAGAGGUUGAAGAAGAAACAGAAGAAGGGAUUGAAGCGCAUCCAAAAGCCAACAAUCGAUGAGCUGGAGGAGCUGUAUGCGGAACAGAUGGCCAUUAGGGCAGGACAACCGUCAAAGUCCAAAAAGAGAGUCCAAAGAAAAAGGCGCAGUCCAUCGAGGACUCUCGCCCGAAUGAAUCGCAAGAAAUUACUAACUCUGGAUGCGGUCCCCGAGGAUGUCAGCCUGAAAUCCAAAGUAGUGGCAAGAAAGUCAGCAGCCAAAAAUCAUGGCACAAGGGACAAUGGAGUUAAGGCACAAGAAAACCCAAAACAAAAGCCAAAAGGGCCCAAAAGAAGCCGCAAAGAGAGCCGUGGCUUGCCACAGAAAACGGAACAACUACCUGACAUAGAACCCAAUUUGAAAGCUACGAAAAAAACCAAACUGAAGCGACAGGUUGCCGAUAAUCCGCCAACGAUGAGUUUCUUUAGACUGGAGGUGCAGGACAACCUCACAUCCGAAACAAAUGAGAAAGGAGGUGAGGAAACAGUUGAAAGUAUACAGGAUCAGGACAACAAAGAGGCCGAGCGAGAUUAUGAAAUUGAAAAGAGAAAUUCAAAGAAUUUCGAGCCCACAAAUAGCGAAAUGUCUAUGCUAGAUACAUUUGAGAUGCUCAGGAGGGAGAACAAUUCCUUGAAUGUGGAACAAAAAGCAUUGGCAAAUGCGCCCAAGAAGCAGAGAGUCUCUCGGAAAUCCUCGGGCCUGCCAGGGCAGUCCUUAAGGUCCAUUACGGGAAAGCGAAAGAAGAGCAGUGUCGCCAAGGAUACGCAGCCAGUCGAACAGUUUAUGCCGGGCAAAAUGAGACUGCAGAGAGCCGAAGAGCCCGGUUCAGCAGUUACGGGUCCACGAUUUUCAGAUGAGGAUAGCGGGGAUAAGCUCAGGUACAGCUUCCACUUGAGUGACUUGAAUUCGGACCCAAAGUUCAGGGGAUUGCAGCACCUGCUGAAGGACGUUAUCGAGAGAAACAGUGUCCUGGAUAGGGUGAUAGAUGUCCAAGCUCUAAUGUCAGUCGUGGGCAAGCACAAUAUGUGGAACACCCUAGCGAGUCUGCACUCCGAGCUGCUGGCCACGGACAUCCAGCUGUCUGAUAUUGUGGAGCUUCUGUCCAAGAAGUAUCUCGAUUACCUGCGGGCCAUUGUCAACGCGUAUGGGAACAAUCCGACAGCGGAGGGAAAGUCCAUGGCCUCAUGCAAGUACGGGAUCAGCAGCAUCAAUGUGCCCUCCGAAAUAGCCGAGAACAUUGGGUGGCUCAGUGAGCAUACGACUAGGCGCAUGGAUGACGGAGACAGUCAAUUCAAGGGCAUCUCCGCCGCUGAUUCAAAGCACGGACUCUACCAAAUGGCCAAGGCCUCUGGGCUAGUGAACCACGCUCAGCUGAAGAAACUACUCGACGAGGAGUUGAAAAUGGAACGCAAUCUGCGCGAGGAGCGGCGCAGAAAGCUCUUCUCGGGCACCUCCGCUCGCUUCCCCUCAACGUCGAGCAUGUCCCAGUUAGAAAUCGAUCCGAAAGAGGAGCAGAACCUGCAGAACGUCGAAAAGCGCUACUCCAUGAAGAGCAUUCGCAAAAUGUUGGACACGUACACGCAACACUUUAAGUCGUUGGCCAAGAGCCCGUUGCUGCUGGCCCUCGAGAAGCAGAGAAGCAUCACGGAGGCCAAGCAGAGUGUGGGCCAGGGAAGGAGUCUCAUUAAGAAGAAAAACCUGCGUAGCGCCGAACGAUUGUUCUAUGCGCCGCGUCAGACAUGCCGCGUGAAGAACCUCCACGACGAGUCGGAUGACUGCGAGUGUGAUUCCGCGUGCUCCGGAGAGACCUUGGUGGACUCCUGGCCGCAUGUCUACGGGAAGUGCCCGCGAUGCGGUGUCAAGGUCGAACUGCCCUCACCCACGCCACGGGCCAGUGCCCUCUCCCUGUCCCAGGGCUCCAUUGAGGCGUGCGCCAAGAACGAAUUGAUGCUCAGCACCGUGGCGGAUAUUUGCAUCCACUGCGGCUAUAUACACGACAAGUGCCAGCCCUGCCCACAGCUGCCCAUCUGCCCAGCGCCGUUGCAGCAACUGCGGCGCAUUCAAGCGGCAGCUGAAGCCAACAACCGGCGGCAGCCACCCAACGAGCAGCAGCGGGAAGUGCUCAUGUGUUGCUCGCCCUGCGGGAUCCUCAGGAAGAGCACAAGAUACGCUGAUCAGCCGGCUGAGGCGAGCGAAACAUUUUGUUUAAGUGCUAAAUAAA